AAAAUUAGAAACAGGAAGAUGAAAUGAAAGUUUGCAAUCGAAAAGAGUCAACUAGUCAGCCCAUAUCUCUUCGGUUGCAUCAUCAAAAUUCGACACCAAACACAACAAGUCAAAAAAACUUUCCUAGCAUGAAGCAUCCAUUAUUCUCUCUUCGGCAAAUACUCUAAUUCUUGAUUUAAAACCCCAAAAAAACCCAUCUUUAUUCCUCCCUGUUUUCCAUAAUCAACCACAAGAGCCUUCCUCGAUUAAGAUUUCACAGACACCUACAUAUCUCUCCCUCCUCCACGUGGAUUUCACAACCCCUUCCAACCUUAAAUUUCUCAACUUUUUUUUAUUCCCUUUCACCCUUCAUAUAUAUUUUUUUGUUCUGGGAUUCUUCUUCAUCCCAAGUCGAAGAUGAACUGCACCACUUCUUGAAAAAAAAAUCUAAUCUUUCGAUGCAAUGGCUGCAAUUCUGCGGUUCCGGAAGCUCUGUUUUCUGGAGCCAUCAUCACCGUCAUCAUGUAAUGAGCAUAAAAAGCAAACCACAAAGAGGGAUGAGAAAAAAAUGAGGGAGAAUUGUGAUGCAGAAGAAGAUGGAUUGAGAAAGAAGGGUGUGAAGGAAUGGAGGUGCAUAGACUCUUGCUGUUGGAUGAUUGGAUUGAUGUGCACGGCGUGGUGGCUGCUGCUCUUCCUGCACCACUGCAUGCCGGCGAGUUUGCCCGGUGCUGAGCCGCCGGGGGUGAGGCUGAGGCGGCAAGGCGUCGUGGCCCUGCACCCUGUGGUUCUGGUGCCCGGCAUUGUCACCGGGGGACUCGAGCUGUGGGAGGGGAGGCCGUGCUCCGAUGGCCUCUUCCGCCAGCGGCUUUGGGCCGGUAGCUUUGCUGAGAUUUUCAAGAGGCCAAUGUGUUGGUUGGAGCACCUGUCCUUGGACAACGAAACAGGGCUAGACCCAGCCGGAAUCCGGGUGCGAGCCUCUUCCGGGCUGGUCGCAGCCGAUUAUUUCGCUCCAGGUUACUUUGUUUGGGCCAAUUUGAUUGAGAAUUUGGCUAGAAUUGGGUAUGAGGAGAAGAAUAUGCACAUGGCUGCCUACGAUUGGAGGUUAUCCUUUCAAAAUACAGAGGUGAGGGACCAAACUCUGAGUAGAUUAAAGAGCAAAAUCGAGCUUAUGUAUGUCUCAAACGGGUAUAAAAAAGUGGUGGUCGUGCCACAUUCUAUGGGUGCCAACUAUUUUCUCCACUUCAUGAAGUGGGUCGAGUUGGCUGGAGGGGGUGGCCGAGGCUGGUGUGCCAAGCACAUCAAGUCGAUAAUGAAUAUAGGUCCGGUGUUUCUAGGCGUUCCCAAAGCCGUUAGUAGCAUAUUGUCCGCAGAGAGCAAAGACGUUGCUUUUCUCAGAGCUAUGGCACCUGGUCUCUUGGAUUCCGAGAUUUUUCGACUUCAAGCUCUGGAACAUGUCAUGCGCGUAUCGCGGACAUGGGACUCGCUCGUCUCUUUGUUACCUAAAGGCGGAGAGGCUGUUUGGGGCAACUUGGAUUGGUCUCCGGAGGAAGAUCAUGUAUGUGAUUGGGGGACGAGAAAGUAUCAGCAGCAGUUGAAGACGAAGGGCAAUGAAACUGAUGGUCGGCACAGUUUUCAAGUACAAGAACCGACAAAAUUUGGAAGGAUCGUCUCCUUUGGCAAGACGGUACCUUCACCCGAUGCUACAUCUUCAAAGUCUAAUGCAUUGUGUGGAAAAGUUAAGACAGAAUACGACGAGGUGAGCCAGGAAAAGAUACAGAAGAUUUCUGAAGAAAGAGUGUACACCGCAGACACUUUACUGGAUCUUCUUCGAUCCGUUGCACCAAAGAUGAUGAAGAGGGCUGAAGCUCACUUCUCACAUGGCAUAGCAGAAAAUCUCAGUGAUCCGAAAUAUAACCACUACAAGUACUGGUCGAAUCCGCUCGAGACAGAGUUACCUGAAGCUCCGGACAUGGAGAUUUACAGUUUAUAUGGGGUCGGGAUUCCUACAGAGCGAUCAUACGUGUACAAGCUCUCACCCCAGGGAAAGUGCAGAAGUAUACCUUUCCAAAUCGACAGUUCUGCAGAUGACAGCCACAAUGGCUGUCUAAAGGGUGGGGUAUACUUUGUCGAUGGAGACGAAAGCGUACCAGUUUUGAGCGCCGGUUUCAUGUGCGCCAAGGGAUGGAAAGGGAAGACGCGGUUCAAUCCCUCUGGAAGCGCUACCUACAUACGAGAGUACAAACACAUAGCACCUGCAAACUUGCUACAUGGAAGGGGUCUGGAGAGUGGAGCACAUGUCGACAUUAUGGGAAACGUUGCUUUGAUCGAGGAUGUGUUGAGCGUGGCUGCCGGUGCAUCUGGAGUGGAGCUGGGAGGAGACAGGAUCUAUUCAGACAUCAUGAAGCUAUCAGAGGAAAUAAAGAUUCACCUGUAACGGUGGAUCGGAACGCAGC